AUGUCGCGCCUCAUAGACCUUCCAGGAGAAUUGUUAUGCCAGAUACUAGAAGAAGUUGGAGGCAGCCAUCUCAGACGCGACAACGGCUCAGCAAGACUAUGUGUAUGCCGCAAAUGGUACGCAGCCGCAAGACCAGUGUACCUCUCAGGACUCGGAACCACAAAAGUCAACAUCUUCGGUCACAACCUAGGCGAGCUGGAGACCAAGUACAGCUACUCCAGCCUACGACGCCUGAUGCACAAGAACACGCGAGAAAUGCGAAUCAGACUGCUGGGUCAUUACUGGGACGAGAACUCUUGCCAAGCAUUUGACUCUGAAUACGUAGAAGACGACGAGGAAGGCGGAGCAGCAGGCCCUCCCACCCCAAUCAAUGAGCCACCCAUCGAAUUCGAAGAACCAGAGCACAUCGUAGCUCUGGAACAAUGGCGAGAUCGCUACCUUCGCCCGCAGCUCGACGCCCUCUUCACUGACCUUCGCCAUUUAGAGGCCCUGGAAUCACUCACCUUUGAAGCGAGCGCCGACCCUGAAGUAGGCCAUGAACGCGGACCACACUGGGAUUACCUCUACCAAUCCACAAUCCUCACCUUCCUGCACAACCUGCCCGUAACUCACGACCUGAAAGACCUGACCCUCGACAUAAGCGGCCUGCGCAACGGUCUCCUCAAUGACAGCGAAGCAGACCACCACCUGUGCACCUCCCUCGCCAAAAUCCUCCCCAGAAUCGAAAACGUCCGUCUGCGAAUGCCCACCCUCUGCGAAAAAAUCUUCGCACUCGACUCAAACCUCCAACCCAAUGAAAUCAGACUAAGAACCCUCAUCAUCAAACUCCACCUCCCCACCUUCCGCUACACAGACGAAGCCCGCGUGCAACGCUGUCCCCUAUCGCCAGGAACACGGACCAGUCAAGCCUUACUACUAACAUUCGCACGCAACUCAGAUAUCUUCAUGAAGAAGCUCGCCCAGCUGCGAGGAAGUGGGACCGGCCAUGGAAUAACGGGUUUGCGAAUCUCGUUUGCGUUUCCGGUGACGCCUUCGGUGUCGACGUUGGAUUGCUUGACGAUGCGGGUGCAGAACUUGCCGGAGGAUUAUUUUCUUUACGAGGAUGAUGGGAAGCCGAACUGGUAUGAAUUGAGCCAGGCGGGGAGGAUGUUGAAUGGUGGGGCGUUUAACAUAGGAACGACAUGA